GAGGGGCGCGGGGUCGUAGCGCGCGCUCGCAGACGCGGCAGUAUUAAACUGCUGCGGGCGCGGCAGGCUGGCUGUGGGCUUCCUCCGUCUCAAGCUUUCUUGAGUUUGUUCCCCGCUCGCUCUCAUCUUCUGAAGCCUAAGCCGGCUACCCCUUCCUCCUUCCUUCCGCCAGCAGCCGUGUCGUUGCGACUCCGCCACCAUGUUCGAGGCACGCCUGGUCCAGGGCUCCAUCUUGAAGAAGGUGCUUGAGGCACUUAAGGACCUCAUCAACGAGGCCUGCUGGGACAUCAGCUCGAGCGGCGUGAACCUUCAGAGCAUGGACUCGUCCCAUGUCUCUUUGGUGCAGCUCACCCUGCGCUCCGAGGGCUUCGACACGUAUCGCUGCGACCGCAACUUGGCCAUGGGCGUGAACCUCACCAGCAUGUCCAAAAUACUGAAAUGUGCUGGCAAUGAAGACAUCAUUACACUAAGGGCUGAAGAUAACGCGGACACCUUGGCACUAGUAUUUGAAGCUCCAAAUCAAGAAAAGGUUUCAGACUAUGAAAUGAAGUUAAUGGAUUUAGAUGUUGAACAACUUGGAAUUCCAGAACAAGAGUACAGCUGUGUAGUAAAGAUGCCUUCUGGUGAAUUUGCACGUAUAUGCCGAGAUCUCAGUCAUAUUGGAGAUGCUGUUGUAAUUUCCUGUGCAAAAGAUGGAGUGAAAUUUUCUGCAAGUGGAGAACUUGGAAAUGGAAAUAUUAAGUUGUCACAAACGAGUAAUGUUGAUAAAGAAGAGGAGGCUGUUACCAUAGAGAUGAAUGAACCAGUUCAGCUAACUUUUGCACUGAGGUACCUGAACUUCUUUACAAAAGCCACUCCACUCUCUCCUACAGUAACACUUAGUAUGUCUGCAGAUGUACCCCUUGUCGUAGAGUAUAAAAUUGCUGAUAUGGGACAUUUAAAGUACUAUUUGGCUCCCAAGAUCGAGGAUGAAGAAGGAUCUUAGACAUUCUUAAAAUUCAAGGAAAUAAAACUAAGCUCUUUGAGAACUGCUUCUGAGAUGCCAGCACAUACUUAAGUCUCUUUUGUCUUUGUACCUGAGUACAUAUGUAGAUAUUGUUUUCUGUAUAUAACUUUUUUUUUCUCCAUUCUCUACAGUUUGUUCACAGAGUAAAGUCCAAAGUCAAAUCUGGUCUUGUUAACCUAGUAAUAACUUUGCCUUACCUAGGAAUACUCCUUAUAAAUUUUAUAAACAAAAGGUUUUUGACUCUAAAUGCAGUUUUAAGUAUUGUUUUCAAUUUAAAUAAAAGUCAUUUGAAUUUCAA